CUCUCUCUCGGGUCAGACACUCUCCUCCCAGCUCCCCAGCUCCCCGGCUACCUCCCAGGCUCCCGGGCUCCCGGGCUUCCCAGCGCCUGCUGGCGCCCGAGCCCUUUCUGUCCGCCUAGCCGAGGCGGGUGGGCGGCAGGCCGCAGGAGGCGGUGUCGUGGAAUCCGCUGGCAGUCCGCAACCCCGCAGAGCCGGGAGGCCGCCCUGAUGGAGCCGCAGCUCCCGAUCGGAGCUCAGCCCCUGGCCAUGGUGGAGGGUUUGGAGAUGAAGGGUCCCCUCCGGGAGCCCUGCACCCUGACCCUAGCCCAGAGGAACGGGCGAUAUGAGUUAAUAAUCCAGUUGCAUGGGAAGGAACAGCAUGUUCAAGAUAUCAUUCCUAUAAAUAGCCACUUCAAAUGUGUUCAAGAAGCAGAAGAAACUCUUUUGAUUGAUAUUGCUUCAAACAGUGGUUGCAAAAUUCGGGUGCAAGGAGACUGGACCAGAGAGCGCCACUUUGAAAUUCCUGAUGAAGAGCUCUGCUUAAAGUUCCUCUCAGAAGUCUUUGCGGCACAGGAAGCUCAGUCACAGCUUCUUGUUCCAGAACAGAAAGAAUCAUCUAGCUGGUAUCAGAAAUUAGACACUAAGGAUAAACCUACUUAUUCAGGGCUGCUUGGAUUUGAGGAUAAUUUUUCAUCUAUGAAUUUAGAUAAAAAAAUGGACACACCAAACUACCCCACAGCGAUUCAUCGGGAACCACCCCCUCCACCUCCUUCAGUAAAUAGAAUGCUUCCACGUGAAAAGGAAGCUUCAAACAAAGAACAGCCCAAAGUGACCAACACCAUGCGGAAGCUAUUUGUACCAAAUACCCAAUCUGGGCAGCGAGAAGGUCUCAUCAAACAUAUCCUUGCAAAGCGAGAAAAAGAAUAUGUCAACCUCCAGUCUUUCAGAUUUUUUGUUGGAACUUGGAAUGUGAAUGGCCAGUCUCCAGAUAGCAGCUUAGAACCUUGGCUGAACUGUGACCCAAAUCCUCCUGAUAUUUACUGCAUUGGAUUUCAAGAGCUGGAUUUGAGCACAGAAGCCUUUUUCUACUUUGAGUCUGUAAAAGAGCAAGAAUGGUCCAUGGCCGUGGAAAGGGGUCUGCCUUCAAAGGCCAAGUAUAAAAAAGUGCAACUCGUCCGCCUUGUGGGGAUGAUGCUUCUUAUAUUUGCCAAAAAAGAUCAGUGUCGGUAUAUCCGUGAUAUUGCUACAGAAACAGUGGGAACUGGAAUCAUGGGGAAAAUGGGAAACAAAGGAGGAGUCGCUGUGAGGUUUGUAUUUCAUAACACCACCUUCUGCAUCGUCAAUUCACACCUGGCUGCCCAUGUGGAAGAGUUUGAAAGAAGGAAUCAGGAUUAUAAGGACAUCUGUGCAAGAAUGAGUUUUACAGUCCCCAAUCAGGCUCUCCCACAGCUGAACAUCAUGAAACAUGAUGUUGUCAUUUGGUUGGGAGACUUGAACUACAGACUUUGCAUGCCUGACGCCAAUGAGGUGAAAAGUCUUAUUAAUAAAAAUGACCUUCAGAAGCUCUUGAAAUUCGACCAGUUAAACAUUCAGCGCACGCAGAAAAAAGCCUUUGUGGAUUUCAAUGAAGGGGAAAUCAAGUUUAUUCCCACUUACAAGUACGAUUCUAAAACUGACAGAUGGGAUUCCAGUGGGAAAUGCCGAGUUCCAGCCUGGUGUGACCGAAUUCUUUGGAGAGGAAUAAAUAUUAAUCAACUUCAUUACCGGAGUCACAUGGAACUCAAAACUAGUGACCACAAGCCUGUUAGCGCUCUGUUCCAUAUUGGGGUGAAGGUUGUGGAUGAACGGAGGUAUCGGAAGGUCUUUGAAGAUAUCGUACGCAUUAUGGACAGAAUGGAAAAUGACUUCCUUCCUUCAUUAGAACUUAGCAGGAGAGAGUUUGUGUUUGAGAAUGUGAAGUUUCGGCAGCUGCAAAAGGAGAAGUUCCAGAUCAGCAACAAUGGACAGGUUCCCUGCCAUUUUUCUUUCAUCCCUAAACUUAAUGACAGCCAAUACUGCAAGCCAUGGCUUCGAGCUGAACCUUUUGAGGGCUACUUGGAGCCAAAUGAGACAGUAGACAUUUCUCUUGAUGUCUACGUCAGCAAAGACUCUGUAACCAUCCUGAACUCUGGUGAAGAUCAGAUUGAGGACAUUCUCGUCCUUCAUUUGGAUCGAGGCAAAGAUUACUUCUUGACCAUCGGCGGGAAUUACCUUCCGAGUUGCUUUGGUACAUCCUUAGAGGCUUUGUGUCGAAUGAAAAGGCCAAUCCGAGAAGUUCCUGUUACCAAACUCAUAGACUUGGAAGAAGACAGCUUCCUAGAAAAGGAGAAAUCCGUUCUCCAGAUGGUCCCCUUGGAGGAAGGUGCCAGUGAGCGACCCCUUCAGGUCCCCAAGGAGAUCUGGCUUCUAGUAGAUCACUUAUUCAGAUAUGCGCGUCACCAGGAGGACCUGUUCCAAACCCCUGGAAUGCAGGAGGAGUUACAACAGAUCAUUGAUUGUCUGGACACCAGCAUUCCUGAGACAAUACCUGGCAGUAACCACUCUGUGGCUGAAGCACUGCUUAUUUUCCUGGAAGCGCUGCCGGAGCCGGUCAUCUGUUAUGAGCUGUAUCAGCGAUGUCUUGACUCUGCUCAUGAUCCUCGGAUCUGCAGACAGGUCAUUUCCCAGCUUCCAAGAUGUCAUAGAAACGUUUUCCGCUACUUGAUGGCAUUCCUUCGCGAGCUCUUAAAAUUCUCUGACUACAACAACGUCAGUGCCAACAUGAUCGCUACUCUCUUCACGAGCCUUCUCCUAAGGCCUCCACCAAACCUCAUGGCAAGACAGACCCCAAGUGACCGCCAGCGUGCCAUCCAGUUCCUUCUGGGCUUCCUGCUCGGGAGCGAGGAAGACUAAGUCUUUUCCUAUGUGAGAUUCUAGAGGAGGAAGAUCUUGGGCUCCAUGUAUUUCAGAAUGAUUUGAAGAGUCAUGACACCAAAAGGGUCUACUGUAGGAUCUUACGUUCUGGUAAUAGUACAACGGAAAGAGUUUCUUCACCCCUCCUCACCAUAUCCUACACAGCAAAAUCCUUUUAGACAUAUAUUGCCAAGCCAAAGUUACCAUAUUUUGGUGUUUUGUGUUUACUCUUUGUAAAGCAAAGAGGUCUGUAUUUAUACUCCUUUACCUAGGGGUGUGUUUCCUGCCCUAUUUCCCAGGCAUCACGAUUAUCUUUAAUGCCCCAGGCCUAGAUUGUGAGGCAUACAUUCUAGGCCUACAAGCACUACUUGCUAUAACUCAGACUUGUCUGUAGUCCUUCUCAUAACGCACUUUGGACGCACCGUCUCCCCACGUCACUACUUCGCACUCUGAAGGAUGCCUGGAUGAGGCUAGUGACUCCAUGGGUGUCCUCAGCCAUGAAGCUCACUGUCUACAUGUGAUUGGUACAUGCAUUGGUGCAUUUCUACUACAAGGAUGUCUAUGUGUCACUGUACCGUUGGCCUUCUCGUGGAUCCACACUUGGUGGAACCAUAUUCCCUUGUCUCGGGUCAUGUUUAGUUACAUAGUUUUAUGGACCAUAGAGAUGGCAUCCCACUGAUGUGAGAAAAUCACACGAGCAAGGAAAGCCCUGUGAGUACUUGAGGAGUGAAACUGUCCAUUCUUGACAGGUCCUGCUUCCUACUUCCCUUUGCCAGUUAGUAUCAACACUUGACAUGAGGCGUACGUAAUCCUGGAUGGUCGGGAACCCAUCUUCCACUAGAAACCUACUUCCAGAGUAAUGUUUGCAUCACAGACAAACAAGGAGUCUGUGUACCUCAAAGUGAGGCCCCAUGGACCUUUGCUACUCCCCUAGACUUAUUGAGGGUAACCCUCAGAACCCUUUCUCCUAUCUUCUGACGUAUCACGGGAAUACAUUGCCCUCUCUCAGCAGGGCUGACUCUGGGCUCCAUAUCUGACUCCUUCACAUCAAGAAUUGAAAGACUGAGUGCCCUUGGCGCCUAGUCACCAUAUCCAGUGCUGUUUAAGAGAGGCUGGUCAGUGGGACCAGCCACACACUUUACCUCUCCCACCUAAAAUGACUCUGGGCUUUUCAUUUUAUUCAAGCAUUGUGGUGUGGACAGACUUUUUUAAGAACUAAUAUAUUGGCUGGCAAACAAGCCACCACCAGCUACUGACUGCAAACCACCUGGUGAAAUUGGCUUGCUUGGUUCUCUUUCAUCAAAACCAACACGAGUUAUCUCAUUCUUGCCUAUUACCAUUGGGCAUAACGAGCUUGUAGAAGGCUGUGUGUACAAUCUUGGGUCCUGAUUCCAUGACUCUUGUAGCAUCCAAGGAGAAGACCAGGGAAACAUCCACCAUCCAGUGGUUUGCCAGUUCUCUCGUCUCCUCAAAAAUUGAGCUCUUUGGAGAACAAAAGGUGUGUAUCCUGCAGUAGACCACUUAAGCCCUUUCCCAAAUGGGAGUUGAGAAAAAGAACUCAAAGUAUUGGUGCCAGCAAACUGAAUGUCUUACCUGGGUCAAUAGUUGUUUAGUGGAAGACUCAGAACUAGUUUUGUUGUAUCUAUUAGGCCAGAAAGUAAUCACCUAAAAAGCAGAUGAUAGGCGCUGGGUCUAGGCAAGGUGGUCCACAGGGAAAGGCCUCUCCUGUGCCCAUUCUGUAAUAUUUUGCCAACCUUUGGUCUUUGGGUGACCAAGAAUAUGAUUAGUAGGGGCUCUGUGGAGCAUGCAUGUAAUGUCCUUCCUUCCUCAGGCCAAAGCACCAAGUUGCUUCACUGCCUCCACCUUUUGUCCAGCUUGGCCUAGGAUGUAUAUAGGGUUGAGGCUUUUAGACAAUCUCCAGGUAGGGGAUACAAAACAGAUCAGAUGGAAGAAACUCGCUUCCCUACCCUGCCUCUCCAGAACCCUGACCUCAUAGUUCCUCUGAAUUAAGAAUUUUAUAUCCAACUGAUAGGGAGGAAUCCCUAAUUCCUUCAAGGUACUAUUUCAUAGUUCUUCCAAAUUAAGGAUUUCAUAUCCAAUUGGUAGGGAGAAACUCGGCACCUCAUGUCUUCGGGAAGAAAUGAUUCAAAUCUAUUGGAUGCUAUUACAUUAGUUUCCUUUCACUGCUUUCUGAUUCUUAAUCUAAAGUUCUUUGUUAUAUUUCACAAAAAUGUCUCAGUCACUAAGCAAAGCUGCUAGUGGGAGUCUGUAUUUUGUGUCAUCUUUUUUUAUUAUAAUUUAUUGCAAUUUUUCUGAAUAAAUAUAUGUUGUGUGAAAAAUCA